GCGAGUGUCUCGUCCUGAUGAAGUUGAUGUGCUGCUGAUGUAUUUACGGCGUGUGUGUCCCUGAAGCAGAGACACCAGUGUUUGUUUAUGGAGGACAGAUGUCUCGCUGUCAUUCAGCACUGCGAUAAUCUCACUGCAAACCACACAACUAUUUUUACCUCCCCUUCCUCCCUCCCUCCCUCCCUCUGUCCCUCCCUCCCUCUGUCCCUCUCUGAGUCCCUCUCUGUCCCUCUCAGUGUCUCUGUGAGUCUCUCAGUGUUUUCGUGUCUCCACAGUGUCGGCGGGGAAACGUCCUGAUCUCCGUGAAUGCUCCUCAGUCUGUGCAGAUGACGACCGGAGAGACAGAGGAGACAUGUGGAGGAAAGCAGGAGACAGGAGGAGGAGGACAGCAGGAGACAGGAGGAGGAGGACAGCAGGAGACAGGAGGAGGAGGACAGCAGGAGGGAAGCAGACGCUCUGUCACUGCUCUGAGCACCAUCGCCAUCCAGGCCGGCCAAUCGCCUGCUCGUCGUCUCUGUCCUCAAGAGUGGGUCUCUGGUCCACCUCCAGCUGGUCCAGGUCCAUCCAGGUCUCUGUGAGAUCGGAUCGAACCAGGAGGAGACCCAGACGCUUAUCCAGGAACAGCAGCAGCUGAUGGAGAAACUCAAGAAACAUGAGGGACAAGUUCUGUCUGCGGUGAAGAGGAGCCAACAGGAGCGGAGGAGGAGCAGCAGGAGAGAUGAGGGGAGGAGGAGGAGGAGGAGCAGAGACCAGGAGGAGGAAGAGGAGGACGUGCACGUGGCCAUGGAGGCUUCUCUGAAGGAGGGCUGGGCGCUGCUCCUCCGUCUGCUCCUCAGCCGACAGCAAGUCCUCCUGCUGGCUGCAGACUUUCACCGGCGAGCGCUGGAGUUUGCAGUGUGUAUGGACAGAGUGGAGGAUCUGUUGAUCAGAGCGGACGUCAGACUGACGGAGGUUCAGCUCUCGUACGACUCCAUGAGGAAAGAUGUUUUGGGUAAAUCUCUGCAGGUUCUGAGUAGCAGCAGCAUCCUGCUGCACAAACUCAGACGGCUGCAGAGGAACGAGGCCCUCCACAGGACAGGAGGAGUACUGCAGGAGGAGGAGGAGGAGGAGGAGGAGGAGGAGGAGUUCCCAGAGUUCCCGGUGCAGCAGGGGGUCGGUGCUGAGGGUGGAGGAGCUGGUGGAGGGGCUGCAGGAUCGCAGGAGGAGGGCGGAGCAGGCGGUCAGGCUGCAGCUCCAACAGACUGA